CGAUGCAGUACGUAGUCGUAGGACUAAGUGUAAGUGUUAUAUCUCUCACUGUCAAUCCAUCAUAACUGCAAAGGAAGCUUCCACUGGUUCCUGUUCGACUCGUUGCCCAACAAAAGCAAGGCCGUAUGUGUGCGCCCCAGAACUCGGCUUUUUCUGUUAGUUCACUGGCAGAGUCUUUGGGGAAGCGGAAGCGACUCUCGUACAAAGCUUGCGUCCUUGCAACGGUUAUUUGUCUUGGAACCGCAACUGGUGGGUGUUGCGCGUUUCAUCCCGUCGUUUUGUCACGGGUAUCCACACGUCGACGUGUUAGUUCAUCGUCGCCUUCGUUGCCAUCCGUACGGAUACAGCAGCAAUAUCAUCGAGACUGUCGCCAUCAACAUGGACUAGUGCUCUUUGCGUCUAUACCCGUCGUUCCCAACGCAGCUUCGAUAGCGACUGGCAACAGCACGAAUAUCGAUACCAAGACAACAAGCCAUCUACAACCGAGAACACAACCACCAAACCCACUCUCUCGGACUACUAAGAAGGAGUCUUCGUCAAAGCAACUCACGACAGCGUUGGCAUUUUUGACGGGAGUUGCCGACGUUUUUCUCAUUCGCAAAUACCAAACCUUUUGUACCAUGAUGACGGGAAACACCAUGUGGAUGAUGAAAGCCGCGACGGAGUGCCAGUUUAGUCUGGUUGGCUACUACGUCGCCGUUAUCUCGUCUUACAUAGCCGGUCUCAUCAUUUUUCGCAAGGCCGAAAUGACGUGGAAGACGCAAAGUCUCGGCCGAUUUUGUGCACCUUUUGUUACCAUCAGCUUUCUACUGGCCGACUUUUGGUCCUCCCGAAACGCUGCAAUUCGGUGGCCCGCCGCCACUUUGCUGAGCGCCUCCUAUGGUAUCAUAAACUCGGUAGGGUCGGAAAUGGCGGGGUCUUUGGCGUUUGUCGUCACCGGGCACAUGACUAAACUUACUCACGUGUUGACGGACCGCUUUUCCAAACAAGCCGGAAACAAACCCAUCGCCGACAAGGAUAAGUCCACACUCUUACAAUCAUCACUAAUCAUAGUGGGGUUCGCGGCCGGAGCGUUCGUCGCGUGUGCGCUAUUGUUCAAACGUCCGCACCUUCUCGAUCAAUGGGGAGCAUUUACGGCUUUAGGAAUCCUCUACGGCUCACUCUUUGUCUGGCAAGAUCGAGAGUCGAUCCAGGCUUGCUGCACAAUAUGCCAAGCCGUGCAACGAUGCAUCGCUGACGCGUCGGCCUUGGCCCGUGGUAAUCGUAAACUGCGACUGGUCGUUGGGAACGUUUCCAUUGUGAAAACAGGAGGAGAAGGGUUCCGUUCUGUCUGGACCAUCGCGACCGAGACGAUGCAAUCUCGAUGCUCGGUCAUGUCGCAAGCGAUUCCAAUGGAUCGGCUAGUAACGGAAAGAGCAAUAACUCCCAAACGGACUCGAUUGGACCUCCACCGAUCCGAGGCGUAUACAGAUCGGAGCGCCAUCAGUUGCUUCGAGCUAAAUUCUGGAACUCCACCUGCGAAGAGGUCUACCCUUCGUUGGCGUAAAGGUGCUAGAUCUUGUACUUCACCUUCAUAUACGCUGCUCAAUGUACUAAGCUUGCUGCUUACGCUACUGGGACAGUGCAACUAUACUUCUGCCGCCAGUAACUUGCCGCCAUGUUUGCCCAAGAUCAACUCUGGUCUAUCCAUCAUGACAAUACGGGGAGGCACAAUCAUGCCAUAUCUUCCCGUCUACUAUCAUCACUUGGGACACGGCGGACAAAUUAUCGGUUUGUUGGGCGCCGUCAAACCCUUUACCACCUUCUUGGUUGCUCCUCUUUGGGGUUUGAUUGCCGACCAAACACAAAAGCCGUUCGUCAUCCUGAACAUUACUUUUUUGGUAUCCUUGGUCGGUCAACUGCUUGUGGGUGUUCGUCACGAAGCGCUGUAUAUCACGUUUAUGGUGUUUCUCACGGCCGUUUUUAAUGCCCCUGUCAAGUCAUUGAUCGAUUCCAUGGUUAUGGAGCACAUUCCGGAGCAGUCGAGCUAUGGCCGGCUUCGGUUGUGGGGUCAGAUGGGAUUUGGCGUGGCGAGUUCGUGCGUCGGUAUUUUGUUGUCCAAGAGCAAGCAUGUACCGUGGCCGGACACCAACGACUUCUCGUUAUCCACCGAGAAUACCCUUGCACGGCUUCCCUCCUUCCUGCAGAAGUUGGUGCAAUUUACCGAUAAAUGGUGGCGUUCGAUGACGGGGUACAAGCUACUGUUUUUGACGUACGCUGCCCUUUCUGCACCAACUUGGUUUUGCAUUCAAGCAUUCCGACAAAUGGAUGAAAAAAGCAAACGAGUAGCGAAGAAAUCCAGAAAAAGAGAAGAGACUACCAAAGUAGGCGAAGGUUUGCUACUCUUGCUCCAGAACGCCGAUGCCCUUCUUUUCUUUUCUUUGGUUCUAGUCGUGGGUAUUUCGAGCGGAGUAAUUGAGAAUUUUGCCUACGUUCGGAUGCGUGAAGUCGGUGGAACGGGUAAACAAAUGGGAUUGAGUAGGCUCGUCAGUAGUUUGGCCGGUGCUCCAAUGUUUUGGUUUUCGGGACCUUUGACAGAAACGCUGGGAGCCGACCGUGUGAUUGUGCUCUCGCUACUCAGCUACGUGACGCGAUUUCUUAUCUAUGCUUUCAUGCGUAAUCCAUAUCACGGCCUCCCAGCAGAAGCGUUGCGUGGCGUGACAUUUGCGGCGUUUUGGUCCACAGCGACAAUUUACGCUCAUCGAGUGUCGCCACCGGGACUGCACGCUACCAUGCUUAUGUUUCUGAAUGCAAUAUACGGAGGACUUGGACAGUCGGUGGGUGCCAUCAUCGGGGGUAAAAUGCAGCAUCGCUUUGGCACGGUGAAAACUUUCCUGUACUCGGCGGGGGUUGAUCUUGUGUUCGUAUGCGGUGUGGUGGCGUAUUUAAAUAUCCGGCAGGAUUCCAGCUUUAAGAAUCCCAAGCCGAUCGUAGCCCGAAAGAGAGGAAAACAGAGUUGA